AUGGACAAAAUCCAUUGGGCCAUUCACAGUUUCCUCCCCUAUAAGGCGGCAGGACCCGACGGCAUAUUCCCGGCACUCCUACAGUGGGGGGGUAAAGCCCUAAUAGUCAGACUUGCUGCCAUAAUUCGAGCCUGUCUUGCUCUUAAAUAUGUUCCUAGGGGAUGGAGGGAAGUGAAAGUUACAUUCAUACCCAAACCAGGUAAGAGCGACUACACUGACCCUAAAUCCUACAGGCCCAUUAGCCUCACAUCCUUUCUCCUAAAGACGAUGGAGAGGAUGUGUGAAAGGGAAUUAAGGGGGUCGGCGCUAAUGAACUUACCACUACACGACAAGCAACACGCCUACAGUCUAGGCAAAUCAACAGAAUCGGCCCUUCAUAAGGUAAUUAAAAAGAUUGAAGAGGCCAUCCAAAACAAAGAAAUAUGUUUAGGUUCCUUCAUAGAUAUAGAAGGUGCUUUUGACCGAACGAACUUCUCCAGCAUAAAAGGUGCACUCGGUAGACACAAAGUUGAACCGGCACUGAUCGACUGGAUAGUUUACAUGCUCAGUACACGAAUAAUAAAGAUUGCUAGUGAAUCUCAACCAAUCCAAAUUAAGAAAGGCUGCCCGCAGGGUGGGGUUCUCUCACCUCUCCUGUGGAAUAUGGUCAUUAAUGAACUCAUCAGCAAAUUAAAUGACAAUCACUUCUAUACAGUAGGUUAUGCUGAUGACCUGACAAUACUGGUCUCUGGAAAGACAGCAAGCAUAGUGUGCGACCUGACCCAAGCGGCUCUCCGUAUAGUGGAGAGAUGGUGCAGGGAACACGACUUAACCGUCAAUCCAAAUAAAACGGUUUUAGUUAUGUUCACACAAAAACGAAAGCUGAAUAACUAUCAUCCUCCAAGUCUUUUUAGCACAAAACUCCAGCUAUCCUCUGAGGUAAAAUAUUUAGGUCUUACCUUGGACAGCAAACUUAACUGGAAUAAACACAUAGAAAACAAAAUCAACAAAGCUAGUAUAACUUUCUGGCAAUGCAGAAACAUGAUUGGCAAAAGAUGGGGAUUGACGCCAAAAAUCAUACUGUGGCUUUACAAAACUGUAAUUCGGCCCAUGAUCACAUACGGCGCUCUGGUAUGGUGGACCAAGACAAAUGAAGCCACCAUAAUUAAAAAGCUUCAGCGCUACCAGAGACUGGCAUGUAUGGCUGCCACAGGCUGCAUGAGAACUACGCCAACAGCAGCCUUAGAAGCGAUGCUGGAGCUAACUCCGCUUCAUUUACAUAUACAACAAGAAGCGACUUUAGCUGCCAUCAGACUCAAGACCCUAAAUCUUUGGAGUAAGAAUAGUGUCCCUCAUACAGGCAUAAUUGAUAGAAUUCACUCAAAAAUUCCUAUCCUACAAGCCAAAUACGAUAGGAUUCCUAAACAAUUUGUUUUCGAUAAGAAAUACAAGAUACAGUUAAAUGAAAACAGCCAGCCGGAAGGAUUAAGCCCAAAAGAGCUUAGAAUUUUCACCGAUGGUUCUAAAACAAAUGAAGGUGUAGGUUCUGGAGCUUUCUCUGAAGACCUCAAUAUUCACAUAUGCACACCGCUGGGUACCUAUAACACGGUCUUUCAGGCGGAAUGUAUGGGUAUCAUUCAAGCGGCCAUAGCAAUAGAUGCUAGGAAGGUUAAUGACUUCCCCAUCAGAAUACUGACCGACAGUAGGGCGGUACUCCAAGCCCUGAGAUGCAAUGUGGUGAACUCGGGACUAAUAUAUGAAUGCCAUCAACGAUUAAAUGAGGUAUGUAAAAACAACAAUGUGACCCUGCAAUGGAUAAAGGGACACAGUGGAUCCAGAGGCAACGAUGCAGCAGACGAACUGGCUAGAAGAGGAUCGGCUUUGGCCACUAUAGGGCCGGAACCAAUCAUACCAAUCCCCUUUGGUAACGUUUGUUCACUGGUACGUAGACACUUCACUAAUCAACACGCUCAGCUUUGGAAAAAUCUAGUAGACUGUAGACAAGCUAGGGAUGCCCUGCCUGAAAUUAACAGUCGCUUAACAAAAGUUUUAAUGAGACUGAACAAGCCGCAGAUUAGGAUAGUAACAAGUGCUAUCACAGGACACGGCACCUUUAACAAACAUUUAUUUACUAUAGGUGUUACAGAUAGUCCCCUGUGCAGGGCAUGUAUGGGGGAGGAAGAAACGGCGGCCCACGUGCUACUGAAAUGUCCGGAGGUCGCUACAUACAGGGCUAAACAUCUCGGCACGCCGGGAUCACUCCCCGAAGUUGCAUGCAACAUCAAGGGCCUGUUGAGCUUCUUCGGAGAGAUCUCAUGGCUCGAAUAA